UCUGCAUGUGACAAGUAAAAGGUGGAUUUUUUGAGUUACGCAAAGUGCUGGUGUAGAAACGUUGCGAUAGCCUUGUUUCUGUGAUCUUAUAGCCCGAAAUGUCACUCGCCGAGGACAUCUCCAAACUGGCCGACGCCCCAGAUGUGGAUCGCAGAACGGAUCGUAAAAAAACCUUGCUUCAGAAGUACAGGAUACCAAUACAACAUUUUGAAUAUGAUUACAUUGAGAAGUGCAAGGAUGCCAGAGAGCUGGAGAAUAUUCUUCACGUGCUUCGCUCAGGAGAAGAAGGCCACUACCCAGACCUGAUAAGAUUCACCGAAGAACGUCUAAAUGUAAUCAACCCGAAAAGCAAACUCCUACGAGCCUGUUGUACAGUGUUAGAAAAAAGUUCCCUCCAGAAGGAUGAGGUAGAGGAAUUAACUUCUGAUCUGCAAUACUGGUUGACUAACAUUUCCAAAAAAGACCAAGAACUAGACAACAGAAAAUGUAGAAGCAUACACAGCGAUGCAGAGGUUAGAACGUUCAAGGAAUCUCGAGAACCUAAGAAAGAUUCGAAAGAAAGGAGGAUCAAAUCGACAGACUAUUCCGCUUGGGAUAAAUAUGAUCCGGACACGGAACUGCUCAAGAUGGAACUAAGCGAAAAGAAAGGUAUUGAAGAAGCUAAAAAGGAGGAAAAACCGAAGAAAAAGGUCAGCUUCAACAGAUUUGCGACAGAAGCAGAAGCUACGUUCUUUUCUGAACGAGAAAGAGAAAAGGGAAAUGAGUUUUUCAAAAGCGGCGACUACGAAGAAGCAUUGCAAUGUUAUAAUGACAGCAUCGCGGCUAAGGCGAAUGUUUUCAAUAUCAACAAUAGAGCAGCUGUUAAUCUGAAAUUAAAAAGAUAUAAUGAUGUCCUGUCGGACUGCGAAACAGUUUUGAAAUUGGACAAAGAGAACUUGAAAGCCCAACUGAGGAAAGCAGAGGCUUUAGAAAACAUGGAGAGAUACGAUGAAGCAUUGAGAACUGUAGAACAUAUUAUAGAAGGUGAUCCAAAUAAUCGAAGAGCUCAAGAAACAGCUCAAAGGCUUCGGGAGAAAUGUCCAAAUUUCGGAAGGAAGACGAGGAUGAAGAUCAUUGAAAUUGAAUGAAAAUUAAAUUUUAAAAGAAACGUUUAUAUAUUGCACCUAUUACUAUGUAAGGAUUUGCAUUUUUCUAACUAAAUAUUAAAGUACGAACUCC